CAGCCCCCUGCAGCCGCCCUUCCCAGAACCCUUUGCCCAGGCUGCCCCAGGCUUCUGGGCAGUCCUGCCUGACCACUUGUCUGCAGGUCUGCCGGGGGAAGGCAGGGAGGAGGAGGCGGGAGGAGGGCGUGCAGAGGCCGUCCGGCCCCAGCCAUAGACCUUGGUGCUGAGCGUGCGACCAGCUGCGAGCAGAGGCCAGCCAUGGCCAGCCCGGCACUGCUGCUCCUGCUCCUACUGACGGCACUGCCACCGCUGUGGCCCUCCUCACUGCCACGGCUGGACACUGCAGAGGGUAAGGCCACCGUUGCAGGCCUGAUCCUGUCGGCGCUGGAGAGAGCCACCUUCUUCCUAGAGGAGAGGCUGCCCGAGAUCAACCUGGAUGGCGUGGUGGGGUUCCGGGUGCUGGAAGGGCAGCUAAGAAGCGUCCAGGCGGAGUGGGCCCAGGACCCCCUGCUUCAGCCGCUGAGCCUGCGCGUGGGGACGCUGGCCGCGAAGCUGGAGUCGCUCCUCCAAAGAUCUAUCUUCUACCUCAAGCUGAGCGACCCCGAGUACCUGAGAGAGUUCCAGCCCACCCUCCUGCCCGGCUUCUGGAAGCUGCCCCGCGCCUGGACCCGCACCGACGCCUCCUUGGUCUACCCCACCUUCGAGCCCGAGGACUCCUUCUCCGAGGACAGCAGUGACUCAUGCCUGGUGGAGCUGCUGGGAACCAGGAAUGACAGCAGCCAGCCCUGCGGGCUCUCGGACUCCUGCAGGGCCCUCAUGACCAAGCCGGGCUGCUCGGCCUACUGCCUGUCCCACCAGCUGCUCUUCUUCCUCUGGGCCCGAAUGAAGGGAUGCACCGAGGGGCUGUUCCACCGCAGCCAGCACUACAUCGACCUCUUCUGCGCCAACGUGAUGGACCUGAACCGCAGAGCCGAGGCCAUCGGAUACGCCUACCCCACCCGGGACAGCUUCCUGGAAACCAUCAUGUUCUGUGGAAUGGGAGGCUUCUCUGACUUCUACAAGCUCCGCUGGCUGGAGGCCAUUCUCAGCUGGCAGAAGGUGCAGGAAGGAUGCUUCGGGAAGCCUGAUGUUAAAGACGAAGAAUUAUCUAAAGCUAUUCAAUACCAACAGCAUUUUUUGAGACGAGUCAAGAGGCGAGAAAAACAAUUUCCAGAUGGCUGCUCCACCCACAACACAGCCACGGCGGUCGCAGCCUUGGGUGGCUUCCUCUGUGUCCUGGCAGAAAACCCGCCCGCACGCGGAGUGCCGCGACCGUCCCCACCGUCACCACCAAGCAGCCAUUGAGAGGACAGUUCCGUACCUGCUACCCUGAGGCUGAACAGACCCCUCGAGUCCUCCUUCCUCGGGUCCCCAGGGGCGGGUGGGUCACAUCCUGAGGAGGCAGCUGAAGACAGAGAUGGGCAAGGCAGCCCAGGUUCACCUCCCAGGCGGUCUGGAAGCCUUGAGGGCAGGCGGGAGCGGGAGGGACCUUGGGGUGCGAAAUAAAUAAACUUAGAGCGCAAUUUA